AUGAAUCAGCAGUGCAAGGUUUGCGGCGAACCGGCUGCCGGUUUUCAUUUUGGCGCUUUCACUUGCGAAGGAUGCAAAAGUUUUUUCGGCCGAACCUACAACAACCUGUCUUCGAUCUCCGAAUGCAAGAACAACGGCGAGUGCGUGAUCAACAAGAAAAACCGCACCGCGUGCAAGGCGUGCCGCCUUCGCAAAUGUCUCUUAGUAGGAAUGUCCAAAAGCGGCUCCCGCUACGGCAGAAGAAGCAAUUGGUUUAAGAUACACUGUCUGCUGCAAGAACAACAGCAGCAACAUCAGCAAAACCAACAGCAACAAGUCAAUAGUCACAAUAACAGGAAUAUUAAUAAUAAUAAUGAUACUCAACAAAGUAAUCAGAUGGCGACGCACGAUAGGCAAAUAGGUAGCCCGCUUCUGAAUGGUGAUGGAUUGAGGAAUGGAUUUGGGCAGCAUCAAAUGUUUACGAAUGGAGGAGCAUUUAUACCAACUUCGCAUUUUUUAGGACUUUGUGCUAAGCAGAUCAUGAUACUCGUUAAGAUGCCCUCACGCCGGCGCGAACGUCCAGUUCUCCAAGUAAUUCUUGGAAGUCCUCCGGCGACCCGAAGAGAAGACGAGCGAGACGACAGUUCCAUCAUAAGUGCCACAAGAAUUAAAUCCGAAAGUAUUCUUUCCGGCCUAGCAAUUCCUAUAGCUCUUCCUGCGACACCUUGUCCGGAACAGGAAGAACCUAUCGAUUUAUCAACUCGGCCAAAAAACUGCUAA